AUGGAAAGGGUCCCAAAUACCUUAGAUCCAGGUUUGUGUAUCGAGUAUCCGGGCGUGGGUGCGAGGCAUCAGGAUACCUUCUGCAUCCGUUGCGGAUUCAAGACGCCCCUCGACCACCGACUGGAUCCUUUCAAAUGUACCUUGGCCUGCUUUUGCUGUGGUCAGAAUGCACAUUCUGGAAAGGCAUGUCCUAGAAUGGUUCAGGAGGUGAGCCGCUGGUGGUGGCGGGCAAGAGGCCUCCUCGGACCCCUCCCAGGAGUUCCACAGGAGCCUAGAGCCAACUACAAAAAGUGUUCGCUCGAUGAGAUUAUGUCUGCGCCACCCCCAAUUCUCCUUGAAGUAAUUCGUCAAAGAAAAGCAGUGCCAGAGGAUGAAUGGGCAAUGCUCGAACAGUCCCUCCGUGGCGUACAACAAAUGGCGGAGGGCGCAAGCAAGGUUUUCAAUACCGCCAACCGGUUACAACACAUUUUGAACCCUUUGAGUGGAGGCAUAGACAAGCUAGCUAUUGCUGCGUUCCGAUCCGCUGACCUCAUGUCGCAUCUCCUUUCACAACACUUCAAGAGCAUCCUGGAGCGCCGUCUAUGGUCUGGAUCUUUGGGCUCUAGGGUAGAACCAUUCCUCCAGGACGACUUGGAAACGCUGUCGGAAUCAAGUAGCAUUUCAUCACGGGGACUACCCUCGGUUUUCUUUUCCGAUAAGAGGCUUAUGAUGCAGUAUCCUGGCUACGUUCCCGUCAGUGCAGAGCCGCCACAAGCCACAAGAGCCCCUCGAGACCACCAACUGGAUUAUCCAACUCUACAUCUGAUCCACCGCCGACCAGAGCAGCCACAAGCUGCAACGGCCCCUCGGGACCGUCGAAUGGACUAUCCAAAUCUUGAUCCGCUCCACAGCCGACCAAGCGUUGCCAUCAGCACAGAGCAGCCACAAGCCUUAGUCCCUCGUAACUAUCAACCAGGUUACCAAGAUCUUCCUCUGGAUCACAGGCGACCAAGUAUUGCCGCAAAUUACAGAGCAUUUGCAACGGAACAUGACAGAAUAUAUCAACUCAUCAACGAGCAGCGGGACAACGUCCAGGAGAGUGUACAAAAGGCUAGAGCACAGAAAAGACCGUUCGACAUGCAUGAAUCAGAUCGCAAUACCCUUUCGUUCCCGUGGGAGAUGCGCAAGCGACUGAGGACUACGAAUGCGACAGCUUUCAACCAUGGACGAUUGACUCCUCCAUUCUACUUGCCUGUAGGAGAAGGAUCAGAAGAAGGAGAAAUUGUUGACGAACGCACACAGAAGUGGAACUGA